CUGGUACUGUUUGCCUCACGUGUUCAAACAAGCGGAACAGAGAUAGCUUUGGAUUUGAGUCAAGACCAAUGGCAGGCUGUCUGACAGAGUUGAUCACAGCAUGUUCCAACCUCACACUGUCAGUCUCUGCCCUGUACACAGCAUAUCAGCUCUUCAAGGACCACAGAGCUCCAGCGGUGGGUUUCUUUCUGCUUGGUCUCUCCUCAGGCCUCUGCACCCUGCCUCUCUCCUUCAGCCCAUACCUGACCUCUGUACAGGGGGACCUGGAGUGGGCCGGCGAGGUCCUGGCUCCACCGCUGGUCUCCUUCGGCUUCCUGUGGCUCAGCGAAGACCGCACCACAGCCAACAUCCUCCUUAUUGGCUCAGCUCUCCUCCCGGUGCUCUGCGAUUGGCUGUCAGCGGACGAGUUGAUGCUGAUGUCACGCUGUCUGGCCCUGUCUGCCAUCUCCUGCUCGCUCACUGUGUGUCUGUUUGCGGGAAACGCUGUCGGGGCCCUGGGCAGUGUGGCCCUCAGCCUGCCCCAAAUGGUGGCCCCCAGGGUGGGGGUCAAGACUCUGGCUCCCCUUGUCUCUCCAGGGGCCACUGUGGGACUGCUUAAGUGGCUCCUGAAGGGCUCCAUGGCUGUAGGGUGCUGGGCCUCUGAGAAGGCACUUAGCAAGUACCUGUUAGAACUGAAGGAACUGGACUCACCAUUUUAACUUGUUACCACUGUAACACAGGGUUUCCCCAAACUCAAUCCUCGGGACCCCGGGGUUUAGUUUCUUUCCUAAGCACUACACAGCUUAUUCAAAUAAUCAUCUAAUCAUCCAGCUUUGAUCAUUUCAAUCAGCCUUGUAGUGUUUGGGCAAAAACCAAAACGUGCACCCCUUGGAGUCCCGAGCAUCGAGUUUGGGAAACGCUACUGUAACAGUUACUGACUGUCUGAACAGUUCAAUAGUCCCUCACACAUGAUAAUGACUGAUUGUUAAGUUGAUGUGGUCUCAUGAUGUGCACAUAGAGCUGUUGACAGAAGAGAACCAGGUGGACGGUCUAUUUAUUUUGUCCUGCAGGGCCUUGCCUCAUAGAAGUAGAAUGAAUAGAACGGUCUGGAACCUCUGACCAUGGCGAUUUGACUGGUAAAUUCAUGGGUGCACUCAAAAUAGCUUGGUGCACUCAAAAUAGCUUGGUGCACUCUUUAUGGCGUCAUUGACUUAAAUGAGCAAGCUUGUUCUACUUAUUCUAGUACUGUGGCUUGCCUUUGAUCUGUAGCCAAUGACCUUUCCAAUUCCUCCUGGCCAAUGACCUUUCCAAUUCCUCCUGGCCAAUAACCUUUCCAAUUCCUCCUGGCCAAUGACCUUUCCAAUUCCUCCUGGCCAAUGACCUUUCCAAUUCCUACUGGCCAAUGACCUUUCCAAUUCCUCCUGGCCAAUGACCUUUCCAAUUCCUACUGGCCAAUAACCUUUCCAAUUCCUACUGGCCAAUGACCUUUCCAAUUCCUACUGGCCAAUAACCUUUCCAAUUCCUACUGGCCAAUAACCUUUCCAAUUCCUACUGGCCAAUGACCUUUCCAAUUCCUACUGGCCAAUAACCUUUCCAAUUCCUACUGGCCAAUGACCUUUCCAAUUCCUACUGGCCAAUGACCUUUCCAAGAGAUUAUCCAUAUGAUCCAUAUAAUGAUGCCAGUCUGCCAACUUGGAGGUGACAUGAUCCACCAUUGGGACACGUGUCUCUUGCCAGUGUGUGAGCUGUCAAGGGCGUUGUUCUACUUGUUCAGCUUAUUGUCAUGGCCAGGGAGCUCUGCUCUGUUAUCAUAGUACUUUCAUCUAUGCAAAUCGAAGAAGCACUGGUGUCUAGUUCUAAAACUGUAAAACAUUAUUGAUGAUAUUAGUAACAGCGGUUAAUAACAUUUUAUGUGCUAAAAUAUUGAUUUGCUAAAGUAUCAACAAAAGGAGUAGUGCUUGGAUCUAAUGCUUGUAUGUACUGAUUGUCAUGGGUCACUAAUACUCCCAACCUCUUUUACACCGCAUAUUAGAACGUCUAAUUCAUCUAUGGAUGUUGAUUUACAGGACAGUGUAAUUACCAAUUGGCUAUAAAAGAUUCUAUCUGCUUACUCUGUA